CAGCCCGACCCAACCUCAGGUUUUUCGGGUGGGGGAGGGGUUGCCUCUCGGCGAGUCACGGUGAUGGCGGCGACCAUCCUGUGGUGAGCUAGCGGAUUCUCUGCUCGUCCUUCGGAGUCCCUCGCGCUCCCUGCAGACCCAGUGGCUGGGGCCGGGCGCGUGAGGAAGCACGGCGGCCCGAGCUCGCGGGAAAGGCCGCAGUCGCGAGGGCAGCGGCGCGGCCCGGGGCCAGAGCUGGGGGAGAGCUCGCUCCGCUGGGCGAAUGUGACAAGCCCCCACCCCCACCGCCUUCCUCUCGAGUGCGCGAGGAGCGUGGCGACCCCGGGGCCCGGCCAGGCCACAGACCCCGCCCAGCGGCCAGCACCCGGAGCAGGCCCAGCAGCGGAGCAGCGCGGUGGCACCAUGCAGGUCACCCUGAAGACCCUCCAGCAGCAGACCUUCAAGAUCGAUAUCGACCCGGAGGAGACGGUGAAAGCACUGAAAGAGAAGAUUGAAUCUGAAAAGGGGAAAGAUGCCUUUCCAGUGGCAGGCCAAAAAUUAAUUUAUGCAGGCAAAAUCCUUAAUGAUGAUACUGCUCUCAAAGAAUAUAAAAUUGAUGAGAAAAACUUUGUGGUGGUUAUGGUGACUAAGCCAAAAGCAGUGACAGCACCAGCACCAGCUACAACUCAGCAAUCAAAUCCUGCCACUACUGCUACAGUUACUUCCUCUACAGCAGCAGCCGCAGCUCAGGCUCCAACCCCUGCCCCAGCUUUGGCUCCCACUUCCACACCUACACCCAUCACUCCAGCGUCACCAACAGCAUCUUCUGAACCUGCUCCUGCUAGUGCAACUAAACAGGAGAAACCUGCAGAAAAACCAGCAGAGAUACCAGUGGCUUCUAGCCCAACAUCAACUGACAGCACAUCAGGAGAUUCUUCUCGGUCAAACCUUUUUGAAGAUGCAACAAGUGCACUUGUGACAGGUCAGUCUUACGAGAAUAUGGUAACUGAGAUCAUGUCAAUGGGCUAUGAACGAGAGCAAGUAAUUGCAGCCCUGAGAGCCAGUUUCAACAACCCUGACAGAGCAGUGGAGUACCUUUUGAUGGGAAUCCCUGGAGAUAGAGAAAGUCAGGCUGUUGUGGACCCCCCUCAAGCAGCUAGUACUGGGGCUCCUCAGUCUUCAUCAGUGGCUGCAGCAGCAGCAACUACAACCGCAACAACUACAACAACAAGUUCUGGAGGACAUCCACUUGAAUUUUUACGAAAUCAGCCUCAAUUCCAACAGAUGAGACAAAUCAUUCAACAGAAUCCUUCCCUGCUUCCAGCAUUGCUACAACAGAUAGGUCGAGAGAAUCCUCAGUUACUUCAGCAAAUUAGCCAACACCAGGAGCAUUUUAUUCAGAUGUUAAAUGAACCAGUUCAAGAAGCUGGUGGUCAAGGAGGAGGGGGUGGAGGUGGCAGUGGAGGAAUUGCAGAAGCUGGAAGUGGUCAUAUGAACUACAUUCAAGUCACACCUCAGGAAAAAGAAGCUAUAGAAAGGUUAAAGGCAUUAGGAUUUCCUGAAGGACUUGUGAUACAAGCAUAUUUUGCUUGUGAGAAGAAUGAGAAUUUGGCUGCCAAUUUUCUUCUACAGCAGAACUUUGAUGAAGAUUGAAAGGGACUUUUUUUAUCUCACACUUCACACCAGUGCAUUACACUAACUUUGUUCACUGGAUUGUCUGGGAUGAUUUGGGCUCAUAUCCACAAUACUUGGUAUAAGGUAGUAGAUUGUUGGGGGUGGGGAGGGAGGGAUCUAGGACAUAGGGCAGAGAUAAAUACAGCGCAUGUCUGCUUAUUGGCAGAUGCUGCAGAUCCACACAGUGUGUAAAAUAUUAUACAACCAAAAAUCAGCUUUUGCAGGUCUUUAUUUCUUCUAUAAAAUAGUAAGUAACUUUUCCUAGGUUUCACUCUUUUUAGUGUACUAGAUCCAGAAAUUUAGUGUAAUGCCCUGCUUUAUAUUUCUUUGACUUAACAUUGGUUUCAGAAACAAUCUUUGCUACCUAGAAUCUACAGUCUCUAUUUCUUGGCAACACUGGAUAAUGGCUUUGUGAAAUUGGGAAAAUUUUUGGAGCAACUGUAAACAGAAAUGCCAAAUUAUUGAUGGUUAUUGUUGCUGCUUCAAAUAAGUAUGAAAUUAAUAUGUUAGGAAGCCCAUUCUUUCAUGUUGAAUACCUGGGGUGUGAGGGUGGGGAAGAAGGGGUACCUUUUCUUAAAAUGAAAAUAAUUACUGCUAUUUUAAAAUUCUUGAUCAUUGAAUGUGAUGAGACCCUUCUAACAUGAUUUGAGAAGCUGUACAAGUAUAGGCAGAGUUAUUUUCCUGUUUACAUUUUGUUUGUUUGUUUUUUGGGAAAAAAUUGGUAGGUGUCUAAUUACUGUUUACUUCAUUGUUAUAUUGCAGUAAAAAUUUUAAAACAACCAUUGCAUGUUUGCUUCUGAUGUAUCACUUUAUGAACUGAGCACUUUUGGGGCUAAUAGAGAAAUGCAGCAUUCUCUCUCUCUCUCUUCCCCUUCCUGCAGCAGAAACGUGUUUCACAUCAGUCAUGAGUUCAAACUGCUGCCUUCUUUAAAACCCACAAAAUGCUGCUUCAGUUCAAAAGUAAUGCAGAUGUUUCAAAACUGGGUUUCUGGUAUUUGUAAAUGUUUUUUGUUUUUUUUUUUUUUUUUUUUUAAUUAGAUAAGAAUGUAUGACCAUUGAAGUCAUUAGUAUUAUAUUUCUUUAAAAAAGAUAAGUGGACAGAACCAUAUCCAGUACCUUUUAUUGCAUUGAAAAAACUGGCAAAAUCUUCUGGAAUGGUUAGGAAGAUGCAGCUGGAAAAGUACUUCAGAAAAUAUACAAUCAAGAUAUCUCAUGGCAUAUUAAAAGAAAAAUCUUAAUAGCAGUGUUGACUUCUAUUUGGAUUUUUUUCAUCUCAGUUUUUCCUGUUGAAUCUCCUUCAUUGGCAUUGUUAUUUGAUCAUAAAGAAGGAACAGAUGUCUACUUCAAUUUUUCAAAUGUAUUUUGCCUGAAUAUAAGCAAACUAUUUAAAGAAAUAAUAUCGGGGUCCCCCCCACCAACUGAUACUGAGUAAGAAGAUGAAUUUGCACAGAUUUCUCCCUGCAUAAUCUCUUGCAAUAUCCUUAGCACAAUUUGGUGAUGAUUUUUAAGCUUUUAAGUCAUGCACUCGUAACCUGUCUCUUAUGAAAAAUAAAUGAAACCAUGAUUUCUCCCCACAUUGUUAUCAUGUAGUUUACUUUUCAUGUGUUUAUUUCAUAAAUAUGACAUGACAAGCCUUUGGACUUUGUAUUACCUGUAUGUUUUAUCAUGGAUCAUGCAUAAUAUCUCAGGAGAAUAAAAUGACGAUUCAUAAA